AUGGUCUACAUGGAACAACAGCCGCUCCUAGGGAACCGUCCGACGGAGUACGACACCCUGCGACGAGCCUCCAUUCCGCAGGUGCCGAAUUUGCCACGCGAACAGUCACUGUCUUGGACGAGCUCUUACAUCUUAGUCGUAUCUCGUGUGAUUGGGAGCGGAAUCUUUGCGACGCCCGGGUCCAUUUACACCCUGUUUGCACUUUGCGACGAUCCGACAGACCGCCAACAAAUCUAUCUGGCUGUUGGAUUACUCACCUUCAUCACAAUCAUCCACGGCGUUUUUCCUAGGACCGGGAUAUGGAUUCAGAACCUACUGGGAUGGACCAAGAUUGCUGUCGUCACCGCCAUGUCUGUCACAGGCCUCUGGGUCAUUCUCUUCCGCCAUAAUUAUUCGGGUGUGUCCCAGGACAAUCUGACGGCAUUCUCUUACGACCGAAUAUGGGAAGGUUCGAAAUGGAGCUGGAGUCUACUAUCUACGUCUUUGUUCAAGGUCCUAUAUUCAUAUGCCGGGUUAAACAAUGUCAACAAUGUUCUGGGUGAAGUACAGGACCCCGUUCGGACAUUGAAAACAGUUGCUCCGGUUGCUAUGCUUACCGCUAGUGCCCUUUAUCUUGUGGCCAAUAUCUCUUACUUUUUGGUCAUCCCACUGGACCAGAUCAAGGAGAGCGGAGAGCUUGUAGGGGCACUAUUGUUCGAACGUGUCCUGGGUCCUCACGUGGGGAGGGUUAUAUUUCCGAUUGCUAUUGCCAUCUCGGCUGCUGGCAAUGUGAUGGUGGUGACAUUCGCACUGGAACAGGCACGGGUUAAUCAGGAAAUUGCUCGGCAAGGCUUUUUGCCGUGGCCUAGGAUCCUAUCAUCAUCGGCUCCAUUUGGGGCACCUCUGGGAGGUCUUCUUGUGCAUUAUGUGCCCUCUAUUCUCGUGAUCGCGCUUCCGCCCCAGGGAGACGUCUACAACUUCAUACUAGACGUCGAGGGCUAUCCAGGUCAAUUGUUUGCAUUGGCGUCAACAGUCGGUCUUAUCAUCUUACGUCGAAGGGAGCCUCUCCGCCCACGUCCAUUCCGUGCGUGGUUACCGGCCGUCUAUCUGCGGAUCUUAAUUUGCCUGGCAUUGUUGACUGCGCCUUUCGUACCCCCAGCAGAUAGAAAGGGUGAUGUACAUUUUUUCUACGCGACAUACGCUAUUGUUGGGAUGGGAGUGGUUGUGUUUGGUGUUGCUUAUUGGUAUGUCUGGACUGUGUUGCUACCUCAAAUGGGUGGGUAUAAACUUGACGAGAAGGAUGACGUUCUGAAUGAUGGCACUCGUAUUACCAAGCUUGUUCGUGUAUAUGGAAGCGAUGAUGCGGGGGUUGCGCCGGCCCAUGUGGUGGAUUAG